UGCUAAAUCAAUUAUCAGGUCAUGCACCCCUGCAGACAAUUCUACGGGAACAGAGGGGAGAAAAACUGUAAAGAAUGUGGGAAUGAUAAAUAGAAGUGAAACUGAUGCAUUUACAAGAUAGGGGUGGCGCAAGUACGGUAAGUCUUGGCUUGAAAGUGAAAGUUUGCUCAUUUUUUGUGUAUAAAUACCUGCACCUGAUACCUGCAUAUCACACCUGUGCACAAUUGUCUGAUGAUCUUGCGGCGAAACACAAAGACAAGAAUGCAGACCACAACAGUAACUCUCCUGGUCAUGGCUGCAGUCCUCUGGAGCAACACUGAAGCUUUUUCAGAUGCAGCUGUGGACUGCUGUCUAACCACCAAGGACACUCGCAUUCCAAUACAGAUUGUUGCAUCCUACUUUCACCAAACCACAGAGAGUGGUUGUGCCAUUCCAGCUACUGUAUUUAUCACAAAAAAGGACAAGAAACUGUGUGCUCCACCAGAGAAAAAUGGCUGGAUUACCAAGAUCAUCACACACUUAGACAAGAAGAAGAAAACAUAGGAGCACAGAU